AUGCCUCUUCAGCCGCUGUCAUGCAUUCAUUGCCGGGAGAAAAAGCGCAAAUGCUCGCGAGAGUCUCCGACCUGUAGUCGGUGUCACCAGUUGAAGCUCAACUGUGCCUAUCCUACCAGGUGGCGCGGACGACAAAUAGAACGACUUGUUCCAGGAAGUCCAGGCAACUCAAAUGCGUUAUCGAUCACGGCAAACGGGUAUCUUACCUCCAAGGCGAAUGGACUGCAACUAUUGGAUGCCUACUUUGCGCUCUUUAUCCCAUCGACCUUCGUCUGUCACCCGUCACGGCUGAAGGCUCGGUAUAAUGACGAUUGUCUUCCGAGCUGUGUCCGUGACUCUGUUUUCUCCAUGGCAACUCUAUUGCGAUCUGCAACUACGACAGGUCUAGCUAGCGAUACCCGAUCCACAUCAGAAGCAACACCCCCAGGAGAGAUCUGGGCGCAACAAGCUAGCACGAAUGUUGUUAACCAGAUCAGCCGGCCGUCAUCGGAUGUUCUUCAUACCCUCUUUAACCUAAUGGUUUACUGGUGUGCAGUGGGUAAAACACAGAAAUUCAAGGAACAUGCCAAAAUGGCAUUGAUGGUCAUUCGGCAACUGAAGAUGCAAGAGCUGGCCUCCUCAGUCACUAGAUCUGGUCAACUUGAGCGGGCUUCCUUUUUCGUGGGUAUUAUUAGUCAAUGCAUCACGGACGACAGCGAAUGGGUAGCUCCGAGCACUCCAUUCUCCUUAACCGGCCCACUUCCGUCCUCCGAAAUGGAUCUUCAUAGUCCUAUCAGGGGACAGUUAUUGAAAUUCAUUCAGCACUGGAUUAAAAUACGUUACUUUGUUCGCGGUAUGCAUGCGGAUACGGACGCAGGUAUGCAAUGGGCGACGCUGUUCAACUUAGACGUCGAAACUAGAGCAUUGUACGAGUCCCUCUCGCCACAUUUGCGUGAUUUCAAUGGUCAGCGAAGUCUUGACGCAGACUUUCGUGAGAGUCUGGGAUUACAGACUCUGUACCAUAUGUGCCGGUUCGUUCCCCAUAUAGCCAUGGUUCGAUUGUUCCAAAAGCAGAAAUCGCCGGCAGAGGAUUAUGUGCAACUAUGCGCACAGAUUGCAAUACGGCAUAUAAACCAGGUUUCAGAUGUUAUCAUGAACUCCGUUACAUCAGGACCGGCCUCAUUACUAACUCUACCACCAUUUGUUGCAUACUGCUCCUUCACCUCCGUUUCAGUAUAUCUGAGCUAUCUCAAUUACUGCGGUAAAUUUUGGAAUGAUGCCAAUGAUCCCACCAUUUACCUCUUAAGAGACAGACUCCUGUCUAAUUUAUACUUACUCAAUCGGCUCCGACGCGUUUGGAAUCCGGUAAGGGUAAUGUGGGAAGCAAUACAGAUGGAUGUAGCUGCCCUGGGCAUCUCAAACACCGAUGUUGAGGCCUAUGACGACAUUAUAUCUGGCGCUGUAAAGCUUGACGGCGCCAUUGCGGCGAUGGCGAUUCAGUCUCCCCAAAAACGCGGGCGCAAGCCCACAACUGUGGCCGCCUGGGUCGCGCAAACCCGUGGGUAUGGCCUUGAUCACAGCACAUUGUCAACUCUCUCCUGUCAGGUAGUGGACUCGAAUCAUAAUUCGUCGAAACGACUAGAGAAUGAGGUCAACAUAGGGGGCUGUGAUCAAACCGCUAUUAUCUCGCUCUUCUAA